GGUCACAACGAGGCGUGCCUUGAUCACCGCAAUAGCCCAGCAAUGGUUCGGAAUAUUCAUUCCACCAUAUUCAUGGACAUUGAACUCGUAUGCAGGAUGGAUGUAGGCAAGCCACCUCUGUGUUCUGUGGAUUUUAUAAAACCUUUCGAAACGAAGGACCUCGAGUUUAUUUCACUUAAAUCCUCACUGGUGCUUUGGAUGCUGGACAAACGCCUGCCCUUUCUAGAUUAUCGACGUGGAAUUCCUGGCAUUAUAUACCUCAUACUAAGUAAAGCAAAAGAGGACAUAGAGCAAAAUGUUCGACCCGGAUUUUUGCACACUGAACAAUUUUUGGAACAAUGUAAAGAACGUUCAAUGGUGACUGUCAAAUAUCACAUGCACCGGGAAAACGGUAAAUUGGUAGCCCAUGCUCCAUCCUACCUGAAUGAAGACGAUCCAAGGGAAUAUCCGUCGCAAUGGGGAAUGGAUCCUGACUCGGAUUCUGGUGAUCUGUCGGAAUGGCAGAUUAGUGAGUGGGUUGAAGAGGAAAAGGCUAGUAUGGCGAGGGAUUCAUGGGAAUGGAUUAAG